AUGUCGGCUACACAGAUAUGCAAGAUGGCAGACCAGGAAGACGGCCUUUACUCCUCAGAAUUUGAUGACGAAUUUAAAGACGACAUUGCAGUUUCACUUUUGCCCAGGGAAGGUGACGAACCUGAGAGGAAAGGAAUACUCCGGUACUCCAAACUUAACCCAAGAAGGGCAGCCAUCAUUGUUGCUGUUUCAUUUGUGUUGCUUCUUGUUAUUGUGCUUCUCGCUGUUUACGUUCGGUCGAGUUCAACCAACAAGGCGCUUGAUCGCCAGAAGAGCACUAUUUCAUUGAGGCUGCCAAGACAUCUAUUGCCGAUAGAAUAUCAUGUGUAUUUACAUCCUAAUCUGACAACUUUUAAAUUCUCUGGGAAAGUUGAUAUUUCUCUGUACUGCAAUGAAGCCGCUAACAAUAUUACACUUCACGCUGGAGAGAAACUUCAUUAUUCUAAUGUUCAAGUAUCGUUUGUUCCAGACGGGGAUGACAAGGAAAAUUCAAAACUUAUGGGAAUUUCGAAAAUCUCUCGACUUUCAGGUGAAAUGAUCUACAUUAAACUGAACAGCAAAGUUGAACGAGGCAAGAAUUACUAUCUGUCCAUCGAAUUCCACUCUGAGUUGAAUAGAGGUCUGUCUGGGUUUUACCUGAGCACAUAUAAUUCCUCAUUGGGCGAAGUAAGAUAUCUUGCCACGACUCAGUUCGAAGCAACCGACGCAAGAAAUGCCUUCCCUUGUUUUGAUGAACCUAACAUGAAAGCAAAUUUCACCAUUGUCAUGACGCGAGAAAAACGCCAUGUGGCCUUGGCAAACAUGCCGCUGGAUCACACUGAAGGGUGCAAUGACACGGUCAAACUUUGCACGGAUCACUUUCAACAAAGCGUGAAGAUGAGCACGUAUCUGGUGGCGUUUAUCGUUUGCGAUUUUAAAAGCAUCACGAGCAAAACUUCAAAAGGAGUUACUGUCAGUGUGUGGGCCCCACCAGAGCAGAUUGAUCAAGGUCAAUUUGCUUUGGAAGUUGCUGUAAAGGUUCUGGAGUACUACGAAGACCUUUUUAAGGUGAAAUAUCCACUUCCAAAGCAAGAUCUUGUGGCUAUUCCUGACUUUGCCGCUGGUGCCAUGGAGAACUGGGGUUUGAUCACAUAUCGAUUGACGUCUCUGCUUUAUAACAAGAAAAAAUCUUCUGACUCAAACAAGGAAAGAGUAGCUGUGGUUGUUGCACACGAACUGGCUCAUCAGUGGUUUGGUAAUUUGGUAACUAUGGAAUGGUGGAAUGACCUAUGGCUUAACGAAGGAUUUGCCAGUUUCAUGGAAUUUAUGGGAGUAAACCAUACCCAACCAGACUGGAAAAUGAUGGAACUAUCCAUUUAUGAGAACUUCCAGGGAGCAAUGAGUGAAGACCAGCUCAGUAACUCUCACCCAAUCAUGGCUGAAGUGAAAGACCCAGCGCAAAUUAAUGCUCUCUUUGAUUCAAUUUCUUACGAUAAGGGCGCAGCCAUAAUCAGAAUGUUAGAAGAUGUUCUGGGAAGCGAAGUUUUUUUCCAAGGAUUACAAAAAUAUCUGAAGAAAUACAGCUAUAGCAACGCACAGACGAAUGAUCUUUGGCAGAGUCUUACUCAGGAAAGUAUCAGCAGUGAGGGUGAAAUUAACGUCACAGAAAUGAUGACAUCGUGGACAAGUCAAAUGGGGUUCCCUGUUAUUUCCGUCAAGAGAGAAAACAAGAUACUGCACAUAGAACAGCAACACUUUCUUGUCCAUAGUAACGAUAAACAGCUAACAGCGUCUUCGUCUGACAGUCGACCAAUGUGGGUAGUUCCAUUAACUUUCGUAACGCAGCAAUCUAAAAACAGGAGUUCGGUUUUGAUGAAGAAGAGAACGAUAGAAGUUAAAUUAAGUCCAGACUUGAGUGAUAAAUCGUGGAUAAAAAUGAAUGCUGGACAAACUGGAUUCUACCGUGUGAAUUAUGAAAAAGAAAACUGGGACAAACUAGUUCGUCAUCUUCAUACUGAAGCCAAGGUAUUGAGUACCGUGGACCGCUCAGGUCUGUUAGACGAUGCUUUGAAUCUUGCUCGGAGCGGCAUGUUGGAUUAUGAAGUGGCCCUAAAUCUCACUUCGUACCUUACAAAAGAAAAAGAAUAUGUCCCGUGGAUGUCGGCGCUUGAUAACAUGGGUUACUUUGCCAUACAAUUUUCCACUUACGACUCUCUGAAAGGAUCAAGUGAUUAUUAUCCCACGUAUAAGAAAUAUGUCUCGUACCUGCUUCAUGAUAUUGCUGCUGAAUUGAGCUGGGAAGAAAAGGACGAUGAUCCACAUUUGAGGAGAUAUCUUCGACCUGCUCUGUUGAAAAUGGCCGCCAUUUAUGAAGAUGUUCUUCCGGAAAGUAAACAGCGUUACACAGCCAAAGCUAAGAAGUAUUUCAACGACUGGCUUGAUAAAGGCAAACCGAUUUCACCGAAUGUUCGUUACGCCAUCUACACGAUUGGAUUAAGAGUAGCAAAUGACUCUGUGUGGACGAAAGUUUUUUAUAGAUACCAGACUGAAACAGUCCCAUCGGAAAAGAAAAAGUUGAUGUACGCGCUCACAACUAGUCAGAACGAAGUCAUUUUAAAAAGAUUGUUGAAGUAUUCAUUGGAUGAAACUAAGAUUCGUUCCCAGGACUCCGUGUCUGUCAUAGAUUCAAUAGCCCGCAAUCCUCAGGGGAGUUUAUUAGCGUGGCAGUUUGUACAGGAUAAUUACCAUGAAUUGUACCAAAGAUAUGGGGUCGGCUCUUUUGAUUUUAGUCGCUUGAUCACGUCGAACACCGCUCACUUUAACACAGAGGAAAUGAAAACCCAGGUUAGCCAGUUUUUCGCGAAGGUUAACCAAGGAUCUGGGGAGAGGGCUGUUCGUCAAAGUCUGGAAAGUAUAGAAGGAAAUAUAAAAUGGAUGAAAGACCACGGACCUGCAGUGAAUAAAUGGUUGAAAAACUUUCUCAAUGGAAAAAACGUCAGCAAGUAGUAUCAUUACGUGAUCUGUCGCCGCGAUUUCCCAAAGCACGGUUGAAUAUGCACGACAGCGGAACGAUUUCAUGUAGUAAAACAGUCGAUCCACAUGUACAGUGACGACUCUAAAUGUGAUAGAGGUGUAUCUUUAGUAUAGGUGUGACAAAAACUUCAGUAACUGCAUUGGAUUGGAAAACGUAAAAGAACAGGGACAAGGCAUUAUAUAGUUUAACUCUAGUUUGGGUUAUAGAGCUUUCCCAGUACACCCGAAGACACACUCAGUAUUCCAGUCCUUAUAUCUAACUAGUAGUGACAUUUAAAAUCGGCGGUAGAGCUGUGCCUUUUUUUUAAUGAAAUUGCACCCAAAUAUUCAAAGCCCAUAU